AUGUAUUCCGAAGAAGAUAUUGUAUCUCUUAGUGCAUACUUCGGGGAGUGCGUGGUUAUUGACGGUGAUGAACUAGAGGAUCUUUCGGAGAAAGCAAACAACUGGUCGCAACGUGAGCUACAUGAGGUUAUAGAAACACGUCGUGGAGCCGGUUUGCCACCCGAAAGCACGAUCCCGCAAGAAACACCCGAACCCACGAUCCUGGAAGAAACACCCGAACCCUCAAUCCCGCAAGAAACACCCGAACCCCCUAAAGAGUACAGUGAUAUAGACAGUUUUACAAGAUUUUAUGUAGGUCUAUGCGUUUCAGCGAAGUGCCCCGUGGUGGUAGAAAAUUUGUUUAAACUGAUUCAAUUAAUAUAUCCUGAAGAGUGGCAUCUAUUAUACCAUACCCCCGAAGAAUUCAUGUUUCUAGGAUUAUUUCCCUGGGUUCAUGAUAUACCUGUCAUUAUCGAGGACCAGGAAAUCUAA